CGGACCAGAUGGGUUUUGUGGUUUGAUUCUGAAGUGGAAGUGAAAGAACGUGUGACAGUAAAACAAGUGGCGGAGAAACAGAGAAGAUGAACAGUGACAGCAGCAGAGGUGGUUGGAGAAGUUUUCCCUUCAUAAUUGGUUCAACGGCAGGUAUGUCACUCGGUGGUGCAGGUAUAAUUGGAAACUUGAUCGUGUAUCUGAUACGUGAGUUCAAUGUAAAGAGCAUCAAUGCUGCACAGGUUGGAAACGUGGCAAAUGGAAGCUCCAGUUUAUUUCCCAUUGUUGCAGCUAUCAUGGCUGAUUCUUUCUUUGGACCUUUCUCUGUUGCCUUGCUUUCUUCCUUUCUUUCUUUCCUGGGCACUGUUAUUUUUGUCUUGACAACAAUUAUUGGUUCAUUGAAACCUAAACCCUGUAACAAUGGAUCAAAGGCAUGCAACCCCCCUUCAAAGUUUCAAUAUGCAAUCUUAUACGGAGGCAUAGCGCUGUGUGCACUUGGUUUUGGAGGUGCACGCUUCACAACAGCAUCAUUAGGAGCAAAUCAAUUUAAUGAGGCAAAGCAUCACGACACAUUCUUUAACUGGUUUUUUCUGACUUGGUACGUUGCUUCUGUUGUAUCCUUCACUGCCAUUUUUUACAUCCAAGAUAAUGUCAGCUGGGCUUGGGGUUUCGGCAUUUGUAGUGUGGCCACCUUCAUCGGCCUAAUCAUUCUCUUACUCGGUUACCGAUUUUAUCGUCUUCAUAAACCUCAAGGAAGCGCCUUCUUGGAUCUUGCUCGUGUUCUUGUUGCAUCUAUCCGUAAAUGGAAAUCUCAGCUUUCUUCCACACCAAAGGAUUACUAUAUCGCCAAGGAUGAGACACUUCCAAUACAACCUGCUACAACUCCUGGAAAAAGAUUAAGAUUCUUCAAUCGUGCAGCUCUGAUAACUGAUGGAGACCUUCAAUCAGAUGGUUCAAUCGGUAAACCAUGGAGACUGUGCACAGUCCAGCAAGUGGAAAAUUUCAAAGCUAUAAUUGGGAUCUUGCCACUAUGGAGUUCAAGCAUAUUCCUAUCAGUUCCAAUAGGGAUUCAAGGAAGCAUGACAGUUCUUCAAGCUCUAGCCACAGAUCGUCAAAUAGGACAGCACUUCAAUUUUCCAGCAGGUUCCAUUAGUGUUAUACCCUUAAUUUCCACAUCGAUUUUCCUCACUUUUCUUGAUAGGGUGGUUUGGCCUGCAUGGAACAAGUUCAAUGGUAAAUCUCCGACCACUCUCCAAAGAAUCGGAACAGGUCAUGUGUUGAAUGUGCUUGGAAUGGCUGUUUCUGCUCUUGUUGAAUCAAAGAGGCUGAAGAUGAUUCAUUCCAACCCUUCAAUCACAAUGUCUGUACUCUGGUUGCUUCCAGCUCUGGUGAUAGUUGGCAUUGGAGAAUCCUUUCAUUUUCCUGCACAAGUUGCAUUCUACUACCAGCAACUUCCUCAGUCACUCAGAAGCACAUCGACUGCUAUGAUUUCAAUGAUUAUAGGAAUAUCUUUUUAUCUGAGCACAGCCUUGAUCGAUCAAGUGCAGAAGAGUACUGAUUGGCUACCUGAUAACAUAAAUGAAGGGAAAUUAGAUCAUUUUUACUGGAUGAUGGUUUUCAUAGGAGGCAUCAACUUUCUGUAUUACUUGCUGUGUUCAACUUUAUACAAGCACACAAAAAUGUAAGAGGAGAAUAACGAGGUUGGAUUGUAAUAAGUAAUACAGUUCGCUCACUAGUUUUGUUUUUGAAACAAUCUAACAUUAAUGUUUCUUACUUGUUAAGGAUAUUAGAAAGGAAAAUAUCUUUUUAA